AAAACUACUUCAGAGGUACUGUCCAUCAUACCAUCUACCACAAACCAAGAGGAUGCAUCUAAAGAAUUCUAUAUUUCUCAAUUUGAACUGGACGACAAGUUUCUACCCAGUCAAAUUCCAGAAACUAGAAUAGUUGUUCACGCCAGUGCAAAAAAAGAUGAAGCCACACCAGUGCAACCUCAACGAAAUAGGCGACCAAGUAGAUGGAACUCUUCGCCUUAUCAGUCUAACUUCGACUCAGGAGCAUGUUCCUCUGUAAAGUUGACACCCAUCUUUGAGAAAAGACACCCGUUUGAGGAAGAUCCAAUAACGGGGCCACAUCCUAUGUUACUCAUUCAAGAAUAUGACAAGUGGGUUCGUGAAGGUCUUCUAGCAAGACAUGAUCAGAAAGGUAAUCUCGACGACCAUUACAAGAAAAACUGGUGCAUUGGAUUUUGGAGUUGA